GGACCCUCCUUCGUUUCGUCGUCUUUUCGUCCGAAGGAGUAUUCAUCCUCGAAAAAGUAGGACGUUGAAGACAGCAAAAGCGUCGAACGUGAACAUUUUGCAAAAGUAGCUGCUUGUAAACGCCAACGGGGUUUCAGGCAGCUUCUGUCCGAUCAAUUCUCAAGAUUGCACAAUUCGACCGAGAUAUAGUACUGUGGCAGUUGUUGAGUUCGGCCGAAAGUGAGCGGAGUUGCUGAUUAAUCUCUUGUCUUAGGCCAAAUUCGACCGAGUGACUGUCAGCCUCGCAUCUCGAUUGCGACAACGAAUACGAGCGAAAUUCAGACAGAGCCCAAUCAGAGGAUCGAAAUUUGCGGCUUUGUACCUAGCUGGACACUUGUUAUCACACCCCUAUACAAAAGGAUCCACAUAAACUAGAAUUUUGCACAGCCAAUGUCGAUCUUGAAGAUCUGGUUCUGCUAGGCUCAAGUCCGAAACCCGCACAUGUAGCAAAACGCCAAGUAGCGUAAGCACCACUCCCGCAAUGCGAGCCUCAAACGACAUCCCUCACUAGUUGUGAAUAUGACUCGGUCGAAUUGUUGCUCAACGUCCACACAAUGGGGGUUGGUGGACAUAUCGGCGAAGCUGGGAACAGAUUGUUUCUCCGUUGCGGUCCAAUUUACACGGAGCUGACAAACUGGUGUUUCCUGUAUAUCAUAAAGUAGCUGCGCAUUUCAUGUUCUUCGUGCUCGAAUCACUGCUUCAUAGUUCUAGUCAAGAUGUCAACGCCACAGAAUGAGCCUGAAAAGGAGUCGUCCUCUGCUGAGGGCUCAACCAGGCGCUCGAGUCUGUCGGAGCCUAUCUCAAUAGAGAAAAGAGAUCCAAUAGAUCCUAGCACUGCCAUGGAAAGGAGCGUAUCCGCCAUCUCGGAUUAUCCUCACGGUAGACGUCUGGCUAUUAUCAUCACAUCACUCAUGCUAAGCAUGUUCUUGGUCGCACUGGACAAUACUAUCCUUGGUACAGCUAUACCCAAGAUAACGGAUGAGUUCAAGGACAUAAACAAAGUUUCGUGGUAUGGAGCAGCAUAUUUUAUGACUUUUGGAGGCUUCCAGUCAACAUGGGGAAAAUUCUACAAAUACUUUCCCAUAAAGUUCUGGUUUCUACUGUCAGUUCUCACAUUUGAGGUUGGCAGUCUUAUCUGCGCGGUUGCUAAAGAUCCCACCACCCUCAUCAUUGGCCGAGCAAUCGCUGGGGUAGGUGGCUCUGGCAUAGCGGUUGGCGUCUUCACCAUGAUCGCUUUCGCGGCCCCUCCUGAAAAACGACCGCAACUUCUGGGUUACACAGGGGCUACCUAUGGCAUUGCCGCAGUGCUGGGACCUCUUAUUGGUGGCGCAUUCACGGAAAAAGUGAGCUGGCGCUGGUGUUUCUAUAUCAACCUGCCUGUUGGGGGUCUAGCGGCCGUUUUUGUGUUUUUCUUCUUCCAAACCCCAAAAGAAGCGAAGCCCGUGGAAGCACCAUGGAAGGAGAAGCUGCUUCAGAUGGAUCUUGGUGGUGCGGUGCUCAUGAUCGGCCUGAUCGUUACUUUCCUCUUAGCGCUCCAGUACGGCGGACAAACGCACUCUUGGAACAGCAGUGUUGUUAUCGGACUAUUGGUUGGAUUCGGGUUGAUUUUCGUAGCAUUCGUGGCCUGGGAAAUCGCGCAACAGGAGCGUGCGAUGAUCGUUCCACGCCUGUUCAUGAAAGACUAUGUCCUCGUCGGUUGCGUCUACAUGUUCUUCUUUGGCGGCGGCUACUUUGUCGUCCUAUACUACCUCCCCAUUUAUUUCCAAAGCGUUUACAACAGCAGUCCUAUUGGUUCCGGUGUUAAGAUGCUCGCACUCAUCUUCCCUCUGACAUUUGCUGCCAUUGUACAGGGCAUCUUGCUGGCGAAGAUCCGCAUUGUUCCGUUGUUCUGGCUUAUUGGCGGGGCUCUAGCAGCGGUUGGAAGUGGACUUUUCUACACAAUGGGCAUAGGCACAUCAACGGGAGAGUGGGUUGGAUACCAGAUUCUUGUUGGCUUCGCCACGGGUCUAGCAUUCCAAAUUGCCCUUUCAAAUGGACAGGUUCACGCGUCUCCAGCUGACAUGUCACAGGUCACAGCCAUUAUAACUUUCUUCAUGACAAUAGGCGGAUCGUUCUUCCUCUCAGCCGCCCAAUGCGCCUUCAACAAUGUGCUCAUAAAGACGCUUGCUGUUAAACUCCCUGGGAUCGAUCCUGCGGUAGCCCUUACCACUGGCGCAACAGAAAUACGUGUAGCAUUUACCGAGGCACAGGUACCUAUCGUUGUGAAUGCGUAUAUGGAUGGUUUGAAGGACGUGUUCAUCAUUACGAUAGCAUCAUUCGCCUUUGCGACGGUGGUCGGUUGCUGCGGCAGCUGGAAAAAGAUCAAUGCCGAGGAUAUCAAGAAAGCUGCUGGAGGUGCAGCAUAGGCUCUUGCGAAAUUCUUUUCUGUUUUAAAUAUAGAGUGUGAGGGAAAAUUCUAAAGAAGUGACUAGAGAAGCGUAUUUCUGACGCAAACCAGAAGUUCCAAAGGAGGAGCAUAAUAUGGAGUAGAUGUAGAUUAGAAC